CGUCCAGGCCCAGCCGAGCUGCGGGGAGCCCCUGAGCCCGCGAGCCCCAGGCGCCAGGUCCGCGCUAGGCUUUCGCGCCUCCCACCUUGGUGGGGACACAAAAUUGUUCGGAGGCGCGGGAGCAGCCUGCGCGGUGCCCGCCGCCAAAGACGCACAGGGAGGAUUGGCAGCUGGCCUGCAAGGACUGGAAGCACCUGGGCGAAUGCAGCAUGCUCUGGGCCAGGGCUGGGGCUGUUCUUGUGCAGUUCGGCUGCAGUGUUUGUAGCUGUAGACUGGGCCACCAUGUUCAACCAGCAACAGCAGCAGCAAUUACAGCAGCUGCAGCAGCAAUUGCAGCUCCAGCAGCUGCUCCAGCAAUCCCCCCCACAGGCCUCAUUGCCCAUGCCUGUCAGUCGAGGCUUCCCCCAGCAGUCACCCCAGCAGCAGCUUCUGAAUCUCCAGGGCACCCCCUCGGUCUCCCUGCUCAAUGGCUCCAUGCUGCAAAGGGCUUUGCUUCUUCAGCAGUUGCAAGGACUGGACCAGUUUGCAAUGCCACCAGCCAUGUAUGACGGUGCCGGCCUCACCAUGCCUACGGCAAUGUUGGGUGGCCUCCGCACCUACAACAUGGCAACCCCGAGCCUAGCAGCUCCCAGCCUUACACCACCGCAGUUGACCCCUCCAAAUCUGCAACAGUUCUUCCCCCAGGCCACUCGCCAGUCCUUGCUGGGCCCCCCACCUGUUGGAGUCCCUAUGAACCCUUCCCAACUUAACCACUCAGGGAGGAACCCGCAGAAGCAAGCCCGAGCCUUUCCCACCAUCCCCAGUCGCAAGGACUCUUCUUCCCAGACGGUGCCUGAGGAAGACGGCACAGACCCCUCAGGGGGGUCUGAGGACAUUGCAGAGCCCCGAAUGGACACACGUGAUGACCAGAAUUUACCUAUCUGCCCAGAUGGCAUCGUGAGCAAGACGUAUACCUCAGUGCCUAAUCCCGAACCUUGUGAGGAGUCCGAACCACCAGCCAAGAGAUGGAAGAGCUCAGAGGAGUCCACACAAAAGGGGCUUCCAGGGCAGCCGCAGGCCAAGGCCCAGCCACAGACCCGGAUGACAGUACCGAAGCAGACACAGACGCCGGAGAUGCUGCCAGAGCCGCCCAGAGCCCAAGCACUGCCGUGUGUCCAGCCCCAGGUGCAGCCACAGAUGCCUACGGCGGACACUCAGGUGCAAAACAAGCUGCAGAAGCAGGUCCAGACACAGACUUAUCCACAGGUAUACACCCAAGCACAGCCACAGGAACAGCCCUCGGGACAGGUGCCAGAGCAGCCACUGGGGCAGACCCAGCCCCAGGGCCAGUUGCAGGAAUCAGUGCCCACACCAGAGCAAGAGCCCGUUGCAGCUCAGGCCACAGAACUGGAGACACCACCUCACAUUGCAGAAGCUGGGGAAGGCCUGGAAGAGGCCUCACUGGAGCCAGUGAGUGACCAGGUCAGCGAGGACACGAGCCAGGAGGAGUCAUCUGGUGGCCUGGAUGUGGGAGAAUGUGAAAAAAGAGCAAGAGAGAUGCUUGGGAUGUGGGGUGCUGGGGGCUCCCUGAAGGUCACCAUCUUGCAGAGCAGCAACAGCCGGGCUUUUAACACUGCAACCCCCCUCACGCCUGGACCGCGACCUGGUGACUCUGCGCCUGCCACCCCUGCCGCCGCCAGCAUGCUCUCCAAGCAGCCCCUGCAGUUCUUCUGUUAUAUCUGCAAAGCCAGCUGCAGCAGCCAGCAGGAAUUCCAGGACCACCUGUCGGAGGCUCAGCACCAGCAGCGGCUAGGGGAAAUGCAGCACUCGAACCAGGCCUGCUUGCUGUCCCUGCUGCCCAUGCCCCGGGAUGUGCUGGAGAGGGAGGCUGAAGACCCUCCACUGAGGCGCUGGUGCAACACCUGCCAGGUGUACUACAUGGGAGACCUGAUUCAGCACCGCAGGACACAGGAGCACAAGAUGGCCAAACAGUCCCUACGACCCUUCUGCACUAUAUGCAACCGCUACUUCAAGACCCCCCGCAAGUUUGUGGAGCAUGUGAAAUCUCAGGGACAUAAGGACAAGGCCAAGGAGUUGAAGACGCUCGAGAAGGAGACAGCCAGCCCAGAUGAGGACCACUUCAUCACAGUGGAUGCUGUUGGUUGUUUUGAGGGUGAUGAAAAUGAGGACGAGGAUGAGGAUGAAGAAGAGAUUGAGGUGGAGGAGGAGUUUUGCAAGCAGAUGAGGUCCCAUGACUUAUCCCGAGAGCAGUGGAAGGGCUCAGAGACUUACAACUCCAACACUGCAUAUGGUGUGGACUUCCUGGUGCCUGUGAUGGGCUAUGUCUGCCGGGUCUGUCACAAGUUCUACGAUGACAACUCAGGGGCACAGCUCUCCCAUUGCAAGUCCUUGGCCCACUUUGAGAACCUGCAGAAAUACAAAGCAGCCAAGAGCUCUGGUCCCACCACCCGGCCCAAGGGUCGCAGGUGUGCCAUCAAUGCCCGCAACGCCUUGACUGCGCUGUUCACCACCAACAGGGGCAGUGGUUGCCAGCCAGCCAGCCAGUCCAGCCCUCAGGACUCAGCAAAACCCCCCGGCAAGGUGAAGCCCCAGGUCCCCAGCACCCUAUGUCCCUGUCCCCCUCGGCGCUCGUCCCGUCUCAAAACCUGAUAGAGGGAGCUCCAGGCACCCAAGCCUGGCCAGACUUGCUACAGCUUUCUAGGUGUGUGUGUGUGUGUGUGUGUAAAUGUUCUCAUGAUUGGUGUUUUUACUCAAAAUCCAAUAAAAGAAGUUCAUUUGGC